CUCAGCCACGCUUCAUUCAGACGACACACAGACACCCUGAAGGGGCCAAACGUCACCCUCAUGGGGAACCAGAAGAAUCCCUGGAUCUCUGCUCUGAUCUUGGUGGGUCUUCUACAUAAAGUUAGUGGACUACCAAAUACCCAGGUCUGUAACCCAGCUGUCAGUGACACUAUACACAACUAUGGUUUGAAAACCCUAAAUGGGACCCAGUACAUCCCAUUCUCCAAUUAUGCUGGAAAGCAUGUCCUCAUUGUCAAUGUGGCCACCUACUGAGGACUCACCUUCCAGUAUCUGGAAUUGAAUGCACUGCAACAGGAGUUACGAGAUGUUGGAUUCGCAAUCUUCGGGUUUCCAUGCAACCAAUUCGGGAUGCAAGAGCCUGGAAAAAAUAAUGAAAUUCUUUCUGCAUUAAAGUAUGUCCGUCCAGGCAAUGGAUUUGUUCCAAAUUUCCAGUUAUUUGAGAAGGUGGAUGUGAAUGGAGUCGAUGAACACGCUCUUUUCAAAUUUUUAAAGAAUGCCUGCCCACCGGUGGGAGACAGCUUCGGUAACCCCACCAACAGAUUGUUUUGGGAACCUCUCAAAAUCAACGACAUCAAGUGGAACUUUGAGAAGUUUCUGGUGGGUCCAGACGGCAGACCUGUGAUGAGGUGGUUUCCCAGAGUGAACGUAUCUGAAGUUAGGGAAGACAUCUUGAAAUACUUCAAGCUUGUUCAAACGGCCGAUUAACUUUAAAUCACUAGAUACUUUUUCUCUCUCUCCAGCAUUAAAUGUGUUCAAAUAGUCAAAACAGGGUUUCUGCAGGUUUUAUGAAGAGAACUUUAUGACCCUUUUAAAAGCAGUAAAGAAAAUAUAAGGAAUAAAUUAAAGGAAAAGCAAUAUGUUAAUAUGUUCUCUGAAUCUUAAUCUCUAGGGAAGCUCGGUUUUUCCAGUUUUCCCGUUCAGAUGUCUUAAGAUAUGUACAGAAAAGCAAAAAGAUAAAUCGAUUGGCUUAGAAAAAUCAAGUUUUCAAGAUAUGUGUUGUUAUUUGAUGUGUCUUGAUUUAAGGCUGUUUAGAUAUUUGUAUUGGGAAAAAAAUAGUGAGGAAUAUGAUAUUUUUUCUCUCAAGUGCAUACAUUUAAUGCUAUUAUUUAAUGAAUUUAAGACCUUUCUACUCCGAUUUAAAGCCUUAAUUUGUGGACGGGCGAAGUAAGACUUUUUAAGACCCGCAGAAACCCUGUAAUAGCAAGAUUACAUGUGUUACGAGUUAAAAAAUGUAAACCUUUGUGAAUUGGAUUAUUGUUACAAGAAUUUGAACAGUAUGAAGUUGAAGUAUAAGGAUUCCUAGACUGCUCCUUCUAGAGGCUGUCAAUGGGUGUGUUUGGAGACUGGCAUGUUGAUGACGGGAAGGCUUGAAAACAGACCCUCUGUGGUGCCUGACCUGAGCUCGAGGGCCAGCGGGCAGCUCUUUAGUGCAUUCAGGCUGCCCUGCUGUUGCUUUUCGAUCAUGUCACAUCUCCUAAACAAUCCUUUGAACUUGCUGCAGCCUCUGUGGACAUUCAGUAAAUAAAGAGUGAAAUGCAAGAAACGAAA